CAUCAUUCGAGCCACAUCUCCAUAGCCACAAGUACAGAAGAAACCACGUACGGCUGUUCAGAGGAAACUGAUCGACUGGUGGUAGGCCAUGGCCGGAACCUACGUGCGCACGGCGGUCGCGCUCGCGCUCGGCUGCCUACUGCUGGCCAUCGCCGCGGACGCCCUGGAGCCGAGCGGGUGGGUGAGGGCGCACGCCACCUUCUACGGCGGCAGCGACGCCUCCGGCACCAUGGGCGGGGCGUGCGGGUACGGGAACCUGUAUGCGCAGGGGUACGGCGCGCGGACGACGGCGCUGAGCACGGCGCUCUUCAGCGACGGCGGCGCGUGCGGGCAGUGCUACAAGGUGGUGUGCGACCGCAAGACGGACAAGACGUGGUGCAAGCCCGGCGUGUCCGUCACCGUCACCGCCACCAACUUCUGCCCGCCCAACUGGGACCUCCCCAGCGACAAGGGCGGCUGGUGCAACCCGCCGCGCCCCCACUUCGACAUGGCGCAGCCCGCCUGGGAGAAGAUCGGCGUCUACCGCGGCGGCAUCAUCCCCAUCAUCUACCAAAGGGUGCCGUGCGUGAAGAAGGGCGGGGUGCGGUUCACCAUCAGCGGCCACGACUACUUCGAGCUGGUGCUGCCGACCAACGUGGCGGCGGCCGGCUCCAUCAGGGCCAUGGACGUCAGGGGCUCCAAGUCCGGCGACUGGAUGGCCAUGGCGCACAACUGGGGCGCCAACUGGCACUCGCUCGCCUACCUCAACGGCCAGGGGCUCUCCUUCAGGGUCACCAUCACCGACGGCCAGACGCUCGUCUUCUCCAACGUGGUGCCGCCCAGCUGGAGGUUCGGCCAGACCUUCUCCAGUAACCUGCAGUUCAAGUGAUCGAGAAACGUUGACGACGUACGGCGUACGUACGUGAAGAUGAACUCAAUUAGGCAUCCAAUUUAUUUGCUAUACAACUUGGGUGUAAUGGGUGGUCGAUUUAAUUACUUAGUAACCUACAGUUCAAGUGAUCGAGAAAUCGUUGACGACGUGCAGAUGAAGUUUUUUUUUUUGAAGUUACUUAGAUAUCCAAUUUAUUUGCUAUAUACUCCAUAUGAUGUACUUAGUAACAACUUGAGUGUAAUGUGUGGUUGAUUUCCGAGCAAUAUGUGAGUAAUGAAAAAGGGGUUAAUCC